AUGAGUGUCUUCCUUCGUUGGAAGAAUAAAUCACAAGAUGAUUCAAAUAAAAUAGCAGCGACAUAUGAAAAUAAAAUCAAACAAUUCGAUGAAAGAGUAUCAACCUUGAAAGAUGAAAAUCUUGAAUUACGUAAACGUAUUGAUCAACUCGAAGAAUUAUGUACAAGACAUGUGAUUGAUCGUCGAUGUGAACUGUUAGAAUUACAUAUAUCAAAAUUAGAAGAUGAAAAUUUACGAUUAUUUGAUGAAAAUCGUUAUCAACGAAAACAAUAUGAAAUGUUUUUGGGUAAUGUUACACAAAUGGUACUUCGUACAUUGUUUAUGCAACAGAGUAUUCGAAAAGAAUGCAAUGAAAUUUAUCAAAUUAUUGAUGAUUUAUCGAAACGUUCACUAUUGAAUCAAUUAUCCUGGUGUAGAAAAAAGGGUAACAAAAAAUCAUUACGUAGUGUAUCAUGUGAAACGAUAAAUAGUAACAAUAUUAACAGUUCAAGUCAAAUAAAGAAUAAGAAAUCGUCAUUUGCACCGUGUGAAUUAACUCAAUCGUGUGUAGAUUGUCAUUUAAGAAAAAAAACGCCACCAACAACGACAUCUGAUUUUAUUAAACAAUUUUGUAAUAAUAAGAAAGAAAAAGGUGCAGAUGAUACAUAUUCAACAUCAUCGACAACAUUAUGCAGUUUUUCAACAACAGGAAGUUGGACUCUAGAUUUGUCAUUCUAUGACAAAGAAACAACAUAUUCCACACCAUUAUCGAAUACACAGCAUUCAACUCAUCAAAUACGAAAAGAGAGUACAGAAUGUAAAGAACAAAACAAAGGAGAAAAACAUUCUAAUGAAUCAAAUAAUCUUCUACUAUCUUCUACUGACAAUCAACAAUUAUUGCAACGUUCAGAAACAUUUGUUAUUGGAAAAGUGCCACCAGUCGUCGAAGUAAUUACGGCUGGACCAAUGACAGUCAAUAAACAAGACGAUCACAAUUCAAAAAUUCAACGUUGUAGUACAACACGAUCACUCGCAGCUAGUAGCACAACUCGAACAUCCCGUUUACCUUAUCGUCGUGCAACAAUUGUUAAUACUCGUAACAUUGAAUCUUCACCACUUACAAAAUCUCAACCAUCGCAAACUCGGUCUCUCUCAUCUUCGCAAAAAUCAUCUAAAUUACCCGUACUACAACCAAAACCAAAGCAGACAUUAACUACACAAACAAAACUAGCUACAACAAAAGGUCUUUCAAAAAAAGUUGUACCAAUAAAUCGAAUUACAACCGUCAAAAAACAGCCAGUAGUACCUAUACACACUAAUUAUUUGAAACGUACAUCGAUUUCUCCUAGAAUAAAAUCGAAAGAAAACACUACUGUUCAUUCUCGAUCGUCAACAACAGGCGGUUCUAAUCCAAAACGAACAAAAAUAUCAACACCUCUUUCAUCACAACCAGUAGUAAUGAAAACGGAUAAAGCUGUUUCAUGGAUAAUAGAAACGACGGAUAUUGCCGAUGAAAGUAAACAAAAACAAGACAUACAAAUGAAUACAACAUCAAGUGAAUCAAGUAUCGAAGAAAAACAACGAAUAGGGGAUGAAGGUUAUUCAACAAUGUCUUCCGAUAUCAGAGAUGUGUCAUUUGAUAGUUUAAAACGGAGCAUGACGACUAAAAACAGUAAUGACAGUAAUCGGGAUGUUAAUAAUUGGUUGGAUACAAAUACGACGACUAAAAAACCGGUGAAACAACCACAAAUUAUGACUACCAAGAAAACUAUAUCGACUUGUGAAGGUCCAUUCAUACCUGUCGACGAACUUGAACAGUUUAAAAAACAAUUGGAAAAUGAUUCAAACGUUAUUUGUCCAUUUGUACGAACAAAUCGUCGAAACCCUAGUCACAAAACGACUAAUACGAAUGAACAUGUUGUUCCGACUACUCUCGUUAAAGAACUAUCAGCAGAUAGUCUUGAUGAAGCAUGUUGCUGUUCAACAUCAUCUGAUGGACCUCCACAAACAUUGUCAUCCGGAACAACUACAAAUAGUACUACUGAUGAAAAGGAUCAAGCACUGCCGCGUUCAGAAACGUUUGAUAAGAUUCUUGUAGCAUCAUCAGUUCAAAUGGAAUGCAAUACGGACAAUAAUGAUGAUUCAACGGAUAGUACAUGCUCGGAUAUAAAUCAAUUAUUUAUGGACUAUGAAAAACGUGAAGCCGAAUUUUCUCUUGGCACUCGUUAUCUACACCACUUAAUUAAACCUGAAAAACGUCUUGUCUUUCCCGGUAUUAUCGGACGCCUCCUGUUUCUCAGACGAGUAUUAUCCGAUUCGGAUAUUUAUCGAAAAGUAUGUUUAAAAGAAGAAGAAUUACGCACUAAUGUUUAUCAUAUGGAUACUAUAAGAGAGCACAGCAUUGAAUUGAAUUUGUUGUCAACGUACGGUUCAGAAACAGAGUUAAGAGCCUGGUCACAAGAUUGUUGGGAAACUCGAUUUGCUGAGUAUCGAGCAAUGUUCGAUGAUGAAGAAGAAAACGAACAACGACGAUUAACACCAAUACCAAUGAGAAAAUAUAAUCAAAAUGAUGCUGGAACAAGUCAAAUGAUGUGUCUUGAUGAUGAUGAACUAUCUAGUCUAAGUUUUACCGAUGAUGAACAUCAUCAUCAUUAUGAUCAACAGAUUGCACUUGAACGACAACAAUUAUUACAACAAAUAUAUGAGUAUCCAUGGUCAUACGAUGAUCUUGAUAAUAUUGAUUAUUCACUUCCUCAUCCAUCAUCAUUAGAAAAAGAUGAACCGCCACCAUUAUUGUUAACACCAGAUAGUACUAAACAGCAACAAGAUAAUCUAUUAUUACUAACACACGAUUUUAAAUCAGAUUUUUAUCAAUUGUGUACAUUAACAGCAAGUAGUUCAUUUGCUUAUACGAAUACACGAUCAAAUACACCCAAUUCAAGGCAAACAACGCCACCUAUAUCCAACUCAAGUACAUCAUCGUCCGCUGCAUCGGCUUAA